UCCACUCACAUUUGUUUAGAUCUUGACCUUACAAAAUAUGUAUUUCAUUAUGUUAAUUCCCUUCACAGAAUAGGCAUAUCUAUAGAACUAAUAUGUAUGGCUUUGUUGUACGCAGAGCGAACUCACCUGACAAUUAGGUCUAGACUUUCCCUAAUCUGUAGACUUGUGCACAGGAAAUCUUGUGAAAAUUGACGACAAGAUGAAUGCCGCACGUCAUUCAGAAAAUACUGGCAGACCAUUUGCAUUCUUCUGCACGAAAGCUGCGCAUGAGACGCUCUUGGAGUUUCCAGCAUGACAAUGGCCCUAAGCACCAGGCCAAGUUGACCCUCCAGUGGUUACAGCAGAAAAAGGAGCUGUGUGAGGAUCCUCACCUGUUUGUGGAUGGGAUCAGCCAUCAUGACUUACACCAAGGCAAGUUAGGAAACUGCUGGUUUGUGGCUGCCUGCUCUUGCCUCGCCCUCCGAAAAACCCUCUGGAAAAAGGUGAUACCAAAUUGGAGAAAACAGGAGUGGGAUACCAAACAUCCAAACAAAUAUGCAGGAAUCUUUCACUUCCAGUUCUGGUCCUUGGGGGAAUGGGUAGAUGUCGUCAUUGAUGAUCGUUUACCAUGCGUGGAUGGGAACCUUAUCUACUGCCAUUCUAAUGUGAAGAAUGAAUUCUGGACAGCACUCCUGGAGAAGGCAUAUGCCAAGUUGUCAGAUUCCUACGAGGCUCUUGAUGGUGGAAACACAGCGGAUGCAAUUGUGGAUUUCACUGGGUCAGUUGCAGAAUCUUUUGAUUUGACCGAAGGUCACUAUAGAAGCAACCUGAUAGAACAGGCCCGUCUGUUCGAGGGCAUAUAUAAAGUAUAUAGAAGAGGAGGGUUAAUCAGCUGUUAUAUAAAGCCUUCUUCCAUCAGUGACAUGGAGACUGUGACACCUAUGGGACUUGUGAAAGGCCAUGCAUAUUCCGUAACCAAAGUCAAGAAGGUGGUUCUCGGUGAGAAAACUCUGUGUUUCGGGAAAACAAGCAAGUUGUUCAUGGUUCGGAUGAGGAAUCCUUGGGGCAGCAGGGAGUGGAGAGGAGCAUGGAGUGAUGAAUCACAAGAAUGGAAAAGAGUGAGCAAAUCCGAAAAGGAAGGCCUUGGUCUAACUGUACGAAAUGAUGGAGAGUUCUGGAUGACUUUUGAAGAUUGGUGCACAAACUUCACCCAUGCUGACGUGUGCCGAAUGAUAAAUACCUCAUCGCUAAGCUUCCACAAAACAUGGGAAAAGAAGGAAGUGCGAGGAUCCUGGACAAAAAACACAGAGCCUCUAUUAAAUCGCUCUGGAGGAUGUUUUAACAAUAAAAUUACUUUCUUCCAGAACCCUCAGUAUGUUUUCGAUGUGAGUAAGGAGGAAGAAGAAGCACUAAUUUCUCUACAACAGAAGGAUCAGCGAGUCCGUAAAAAGGAAGGGAAAGGAGACAACUUCAUUAUAGGCUUUGAAAUACUCAAGGUGGAACUCAAUAGACAAUAUCGCAUUCACAAAUUGCAUGGGCAAGAAAGGGCUGCCUCAACUCAAUAUAUGAACUUACGCUCCAUCUUUUUGAGGAAAAUAUUAAAGAAAGGAAGAUAUGUAAUCAUUCCCACCACUUUCCAUCAUGGAAUAAUCAGUGAAUUCAUCCUUAGACUCUUUACGGAUGAACCUUCUCACUUCAGGGAAUUACUGCAUGAUAAACCCACCGUGACUUGCUGGACCUUCCUCCAGGGUUAUCCGCAGACAGUGACUCAAGUUUUUGUUCGCAGUGUGGAAGGAGUACAGAGGUCAGAGAACUCUGGAGAAGGAGAUCUGUAUCUUAUCAUCAAAUGUGAGAGAGAAAGUGUUAGGUCCGCAGUCUGCAAAAAAACAAACAACACUGUUUUUGAUAUACGAGCAAUCUUCUAUCAGAAGAACAUCAGCGAAACGAUCAAAGUUCAGGUCUGGGAGAGCCAUAUCAUGUGUGACCAAUUUCUUGGCCAAGUGCUUCUGGCUACGUCACCAAAUGACCCAAAAGAAGAGCUGAGUCUCCAGCUGCAUGGAAAAGAUGGCCAGGAAGCAAAGAAGAUGCCAGGUCAAAUCAAUCUCAAGGUUGUCUCGUCCAAUGACCUACUUGAACUGUAAAUGUGUGAGGGUUCUCCAGACAC